UUGAGCAAUGAGCAUGGGACGCGGCCCUCGCUAGCAGAAGACGGUCGAGCUGUGAAAUACUGUUGACCCAAGCAAGAAACGCCUGAGAUAUAACGUUAAAAUACAAGACAAGUUUUGAAGGCUGAGCCAUGCGGAGCUGUCUGUUGCUGCUCCCUGCCCUACUGCUGCUGCUGACGCUGCCUGACACCAGGGGGCGCUACAAUGACGAGUUUGACGAUGGCGAGGACCUAGCUGAGUUUGAUGAUAACGAUUUUGCUGAGUUUGAGGAUGUUAACGAGGACCCAACAGUGGAGGUGGAAAGUGAGCCUCCACCAAAGCCAGCGCCGUCGUCCACACCCGUAGAAGACGAUGAGGAUGAAGCCACAGUGGAGAUUGAGGACGGGCAAGAUGAGUUUGAGGAUGCAGAUGCACAGGAUCAGGACGUGUACAGCAAGUAUGACAAAGACGAGUUUGAGGGUUACGAGAAGACCAACCCGCCCUUCAAGGACAACCUCAUCUAUCCAGUGGUCCCAGCACAUCUCCAGAACAGCUGGGAGAGCUACUACAUGGAGAUCCUGAUGGUUACAGGCCUCCUGGCCUACAUCAUGAAUUACAUCAUUGGCAAAAACAAAAACAGCAGACUGGCUCAGGCUUGGUUCAACUCCCAUAGGGAGCUGUUGGAGAGCAACUUUGCUCUCGUUGGUGAUGAUGGCACAAGUAAGGAAGCCACCAGCACAGGCAAGCUGAACCAGGAGAAUGAACACAUCUAUAAUCUGUGGUGCUCAGGACGCGUCUGCUGUGAAGGCAUGCUCAUUCAGCUCAAGUUUCUGAAAAGGCAGGACCUGCUGAAUGUGCUGGCCAGGAUGAUGAGGCCAACCUGUGAUCAAGUGCAAAUCAAAGUGACUCUGAACGACGAGGACAUGGACACUUUUGUGUUUGCUGUGGGCAGUCGUAAGGCCAUGAGCCGGAUGCAGAAGGAGAUGCAGGACCUGAGUGAGUUCUGCGGGGACAAGCCCAAGUCGGGGGCGAAGUACGGCCUCCCUGACUCUCUGGCCAUCCUAUCGGAGAUGGCUGAGGUCACGGAUGGAGUGAUGGACACUAAGAUGGUACAUUACGUCACCAACCAUGCCGACAAGAUUGAGUCCAUCCAUUUCUCGGACCAAUUUUCUGGUCCAAAAGUUAUGCAAGAGGAGGGCCAGCCCUUAAAGCUCCCUGAGACCAAGAAAACGCUGCUGUUUACAUUUAAUGUGCCUGGGAUGGGUAACACAUCUCCCAAAGACAUGGACAGCCUGGUUCCCCUGAUGAACAUGGUGAUCUACAGCAUCGACAAAGUCAAGAAGCUGCGCCUCAACAGAGAGGGGAAGCUGAAAGCAGAUCGUAACCGUGCCCGUGUGGAGGAGAACUUCCUGAAGCAGACUCACGCUCAAAGGCAGGAGGCAGCGCAGACGCGCCGGGAGGAGAAGAAGAGAGCGGAGAAAGAAAGGAUCAUGAAUGAGGAGGACCCUGAGAGACAGCGCCGCCUAGAGGAAGCUGCUCAGCGUCGAGAGCAGAAGAAACUGGAGAAGAAGCAAAUGAAGAUGAAGCAAAUUAAAGUGAAAGCCAUGUAAAAACAAAUCUCACACCCCACUUCCACAGCUCCUGGCAUCUAAGAGAAUGUACCCACUACUUCCGUUGCUCCUGCCUGACACCUGUAGACUCUUGGCUUCUUAUAAGAAUGUGCAUCAUUUGAGUCGCUGCUGCUCUACCCACAGAAACAUUGUCCAGACAGGAUAACAAAAUUAGUUUUUAAUAAACGUUUGUGAAAAAUUGUAACGGUGACCUAGAAAAACUGCACAUAAACAGUAGGAAUAAGUGCACUAUUGUGCAGUAUUUUGCUUGGUGAGUGCCAGUCCAGGAUCAGUACUCCACACUCCUGCCCUACUCCUGCUUAUUCCUCUUAAAAUUUGCCCUUUCUUUAUCAAAGGUAUCAAUAAUUCGUAAGAAAUAUGGAAACAAAUUUAAGCUGUUGAAUUUCAAAUUUGUGUAUGUAUGAAAAUUUGUCAGAUUUGCAGAAAUCUCCAGGUAUAUUUCUGUUGGCUCUCCUGUAGCUCAAUAUUGGCCAAAUCCAUGAUCCAUGGUUUCAUGCAGCACAAACAACAAAUUCUUAUCCAGCACUCUUUACACUACGUGGCUGCGGUGUUCUUCCAAUGUGCUUGUGCAGUACAGCAUUUCUGCAUCACCCAGACAUUUCCAUUUGAUAUUGAUUGAACUAGACGACUUAAAGGAGCACUCCAGCAUUUUUUUUUCAACCUUUGCGUCUAUCGUACAGUCAGUUACCAUGAACAAUGAUUUGGACGCAUUUCCUUGUACUGAAGCCAAAAACACAGACUCAGAACUCGCUAAUUAUAGAAGUCACUGGGUAGUUGUUGAAUUCUGUGUAUAAAUGCUUGAUAUAUGUAACUAUUCAAUGUGAAUUCUUAACUGCAACACUUGUUAUGGGUCUUAGGAUGAGGCAGACAUAAGUGUUUUUUUUUGUUUUUGUUUUUGUUGUUUUUUUAAGUUUUAUCUGACUUUCCCCACAUUGGAACACCACCGUACCACAAAAAAGCUUUCCCUUAAUUUUCUGUUAACCAUGGCAAUCGAAUGGAGCCUGUGAAAACUCUGUCCACGACCCUACACUGGUAACAAAUCAGUCUGGAAAACUAGUUCCAUCUCUGAAAAAACAAAUUCUACAGAUUGACAAUUUACAUUAAAGAUGCAAAAACUAUAUAGUUUUGAUUUACUGACAGAAGUCAACAGGGAAAUAAAUUGCGCUCCAUGGUAACUGACUGUAUAAUGCAGAUGUGGCAGAUGGAGACUAGGUUGGAAAAAUGCUGGAGUAUUCCUUUAAAGCAGGGGUCGCCAGCCCUUGUCCUGGAGAUCUACUUUCCUGCAGAGUUUUGUUCCAACCUGCAUCUAAUGCAUCUAAUCCAGCCAAUCAGAGGCUUCUGUAGUGGCUAAUUAGCUGGAGCAGUUGUUGCAGAUUGUGUUUGCAACUAGACUCCGCUGGAAGGUAGAUCUCCUGGACCCGGGUUGGUGCUCACUGCUUUAAAGCAGUGGUUCUCAAACUGAUUCUCAGGGUCCCUCCAGAAGAUCCACAAUUUUGCUCCAAUCCAACUACCAGCACAUAAGGGCUAGAGCAAAAAUGUGGACCAUCUGGGGGUCCCUAAGGACCACUGCUUUAAACCACUCAAACUGUGCAGGGGAAAGAGAUAUCGCCCUUUCAUAUCAGAGGCUGAUGCUUCUUCAGUCUGUGCUGUUCUCAUUCUCCUACCCUUGUCUCGGAGCUGUAGCUAUGCUGCUUUUAAUAGCUGUUUCUGGGGGCUUUUAAACAGAAACUGGGUGGGCAAGGAAGCACAUGCUGUGUUUUUUGUAAAAAUGCUUCCCUCUCCUUUUUUUGCAAGUCCUCUUUUAUACACAAAUUAUACUUAAUUAAACGAAUAAAGACUCAGCAUGUCAGCUUGUCAUUGUUGAGCCAAUGCAAUCUGUAUAUGUAUUUAAUAUAAGUAACAUUUUUUUAAUUUAUCUUUUAAGUGUGCGGUUAAUCUCGGCAUUGCACGGAUGUGUUCACGCCGGCGCUUAUGAGAGACCCUUCAACCUUUUUCUGUAACAUUUUGUCUUUCUUCAGAGACAGCGAGCAAUCCUAAAUAAAACGUGCACUGAACAAUUUAACUACAGCAACCUGUUCUUUUAUCGUCUUAAUCUUUUGUUGGGACAGAUUACACUGCUAUUAAGGUACCAGUAAGUAGCUUCUCAGUUGCACUUGGGCAGUGCAGGUUGCGCAUGGUCCAGUGCAGCUUCACAGAAUCCUUAUCUACACUUCAGGCCAGUUUUCUGAAUAUGGAUUUGUUCUAAGCUGUAAUUUCAGUUGUGAAUCACGAUUGGAAGCCCUACUUGGUCUAAACAGUGUCGCGUGGUUGAGGUUGUCUUCCAACUCAUUUGCGUUUCCACAUGCUUAUCUAUACUGAUUUAUUUUUUUGUUUUUUUGUUUUCCCCCAUUUGUCUCUAUUGCAAAGUACCUUGUCCUCUCUGAACACCUCUAAAAGCUUGGGUCAUGUCUUUAUAUCUUCUGAAGUUGCCCUGUUAAAUUAAAGUGACUUUAAAAGCUGCA